GCGCGCACACGUUUGCGAGUCCUCUGACAAACUUUGCUCCUGUUGACUCUGCAUCUUUUACUUAAAAUGUCUCCGUUUGGGAAGAGAUAAGUUUGUUUUGGCUGUGUUCGAUGCUUUGAUCACUGCUGUCCUUGUCUCCUUUUACUUUUUUCACUCCUUUUCCAGGCAACUUUAUGUCUCUUCUGUCAAUCGUUGUGUAAAAGUUUUAUAACGGACACACACACACACACAGACACAUCAGAGGACAGACGUGUGGUCCCAGUGUGAGAGGAAUGAGCAGAGUCAACACAAUCCAGACGACGCCUGCGGGAGGACAAACUACAGGAGGCCAGAGGUAGCUUUACCCCGGAAGGAGAAGGAGACCCAGAGGAAGUGAACUGCACGCGGCCUGGAAGCUGAAUUUUUGGUCGUACCCCACGGAACACCACCUCCAUUUCCCAUCGGUGGUCAGGAACGUGCCCCGCCGCACGCACCUCCCAGCAUGCUGCAGCAGAUCCUGACUGACAUGUACAUCGACCCGGAUGUGCUGGAGGCCCUGAAUGAGGAACAGAAGAAGGUCCUCUUCCUGAAGAUGAGAGAGGAGCAAGUACGGCGAUGGAAGGAGAGGGAGGAGAAGGAAGGCAAGGAGGGGAGGAUGGAGAAGACCCAGACAAAGAAAGGGCCCUGUAAGAGCGUGAGCUGGCUCCUGGGGCGAGACGGAGACGUACACGUCUAUGUCAUCGGUGAGACAGAUGAGUUCAAAUCGUCCAAACUCAUCUUGUCUGAACUCAGGGAGCAAAACAGGACUGACCUCAACAGAGCCAACAGACUUCAGACUGCUGAGCCCAGCAGAAGCAGCCCGUCCAACAGAACAGUCCAACCGGCCGCCGAUCCAGGGAUAGAGCUACUGCUUACCAAAACAGAAAAGAUGUCUGCUCUCCCGGACCCCCGGAAGCAGGACAGUGAUUCCGACCAAUCCUUGGAGGACCCGAAGGACGACUCGGACUCUUCGGACUCCACCGACUCCACGUCCAGCCACAGCAAUAUGGGUGUUUACAGGCCGCACACAACGAACACACACACGUUUGUGACGGACAGACUGAACAGCCUUAAUUUGCAGAGGAGUGCCAAGGAGCAGCUGUCUGUCAACGUGAAGCCCCGCCCACUUGCCACACCCAGCCAAGAAAGGGGAGUGGUAAAUGAACAGGUGACCUGUAACUCCUACGGUAGCCGUGUGGCCCAGCUGAGGAUGAACUUUAACACACCCAAUGCCAAACCCAGUUCCCCAUGUGUCAAACCACCAGUCCCUGUCAAACCUGCCCACCUGCUGGCUCCAGCACCAGCUAGAUGAACAUGCACAUUGAGCAAAUCCCCACAAACACACACACACACACACACACCUGAGGACUCUUUUUUGAACAACUACACAUUUGCUUACCUGUAUAUAAACCAUGACGAACUGAGCAGAGGAAUGGACCUGACCACCAGCGUUCUGUGAUGGUAGUGUACCGAUGCAUGCCGUGCUGGGGAGGAACGCGAGAGUCCCUGUGCAUGACACCCACGGCUCACCUCAGUGCUGCACACGUCUCGGGUGGACAGAGGUCGCACGUCUCGGUGACGGUGGACACGUGGCAUUACGUUAAUGCCUUUCUACAGUUGCCGUUUUUAUUGCACAACAAGUUCUCUGGAAGAAAGAAGGACCAAAGUGGGGUUUUUUUUGUUUUGUUUUGUUUUUGUUCUUUAUUCGUACUUCAGAUGUGCUUUGUAAAUGGUGACAUCACACUGUACCUAAAAUUGAAAUAAAACUUGUUGGAUCUGAAGGUUGA